CCUUCAUGAACGAAUCUCCAAUGGCAUUGUAGCCAGUAGAUCAAAUGAGUCCCGAACAAGUGGUGAUGUGUCGGCCUCUCUCCUCCAUCCCAAACCAGGCGUCGAAUUGGCCACAGGGUGGUUUCUCAAACUGAGAUCAUUGCACCAUCGUUUUCCUGCAAGAUUCACAGAGUCAGGAGAUGUUGGGGAACGGUGGCAGGUGAAAAGUGCAGACGUCGGGCAGCGGAAUGCGGGGAGCCAUCACCGCUGACAUGCAGUAAGAUGUUUCACAUGUCUCGCAAAAAAGAGCUGUCCAUUUCCUCCCAUCAUGUCUCGAGGUUGAUAGUCUUUCCAAAUCGCGCAUACAGCUCCACCUUCAGCUGCGUCAUUUCCCCCCGAAUGGUGGCCAUCUUGUCCUCCAACUCCCCGAUUUCCUCCUCGAUCUUGGCUGUUGAGAGGCCAAGGAGCUCCUGUGCCUGUGGUAGCGGCAGGUGGAAGAAGGCGUCUCCAAUCUUGUACCUGGUAAAUGUCAGAGCAUGUGGCGGGAGAUAAUGAUGCACGAAGCAGAGAAAAACUCACGGAACAAGGUCAUCCUCGUCGGCGAGCUCAAGCUCCGUCGUGAUGUCGUCAAGCUCUUCCUUUUCUUUCUGUGCGGGGUUCAGCAAGGCUAGUUUCUGAAGCUGUGAACAGAGUUGUCUCACGUUUUUUACUUUGAGCUCCUCCUCGAGUGUGAGUUCGUGGGAGUGGAGGCGGCUGAAUUUAUUGAUCUUGUCCUGAUCCUCACGGCGGACCUCGAUCUCAUCGCCUACUGCAUCCUCCUCCUCCUUGGUCAACUGGGUGAGAGUUAGCAAUGUUGGCAGCAGAAUUCACAGGCCCAUCGACGGAAAUCUUACCAUUCUCCUGCUCAAAUUCAUCUUGGCGAGUUUUGUCUAUUUCCCUCUAUUCCACGCAACAAGGAUAUCUGGAAGUUCAAGAAGGGCUGUCGUCUUGGUCAGGCAGAAAGCUGUCGUUCAACUCAGUGGGAUGGGGGGGACCCCACCAUCAGAGAUCUACAAGGUUGAAGGUGGAGCGAGGUCUGUUUAUUCUCCGAUUGGCCAGACACCUUUGAACCCUGCAAGUCAACAAACAAGCACCAGCACUUCUUUCAUCAUCAUCAACCUCGUUUUCUCAAUUCUCCUUGAAAGGUGUGGGUCUUUCAUCUCAUUUAUCUAUUGCUCUCUUCAGGAGUCACUGUGUGCCACGCGUUUUGUCAACAAUUCCAGCAGUCAAAAUGCCCGGUCACAAGCUGUAUCCACGCGCGACAGUCAAGAAAAUCGUCAAGGCUCACUCCAAUUGCAGCGUGAGCAAGAACGCAGAUGUCAUGAUCUUUCUGGACUACAUGCUGUUUAUGCAAAACCUGGUGAAAGAAGCCUCCAUUGAAGCCAAAAAGGGUGGUGAAAGGGGCAUCACGGCACGCAGUGUGAAGAAGGUGACAGCGGAUUCAUUGGCCAAGUUCAAAGGAUGA